CAUGGUAGAGCCUUUCUAAGUUCAUUCUGCGGGCAUAAGAUGAGACAACAUGUAUCAGGACGAUGGCUGGGGCUGGGUAUCGGUAAAAUAAUCCGUUGUAAUGGCGUUAGAGGUCCACUCCACUUGAGGUGGAGUGGACCAAUAUGUAUGUCGGCAGACCUAUCCAACACUGUUGCGCGGGAUUUUGCAAGUACGCACUCGAGUGGGCACGCAAAGAGAUUCAGCGGUCAACGGAAUACUAUACAAAACUUCACUAGCCAGAUCUCGUCUAAUGUACGUGUACAUACUUGUGUACUCUCUCGGAUAGCUCGCGAUGUAAGACGCUGCAAAUACACUGAAACUUCUACUUCUGUGCUCAAGGACGGAAAACCAACGAGUCCAACGAGUCUAGCAUUCAAGGGAGAUGCGUCUGAACGUGCCACCGAAUAUAAUAAAGUGCUCGUGGCCUUUGAAAAGCUCAAGAGAGGGCUCAAGAUAAAGCCAAACUUUCAACCCGAGUAUCUUCCUCAGAAUGCACAAGAGCUAGUAGAGCAUCGCAACAAGUUUUGGGCAGGCGGUCUGUCGGCAAUUUCAUUGCAGCACGAGCUAUUCUUGUUUCAUAUAGUGUGUGAGGCAAAUCUUUACACCUCAGCUAAGGAACUUUUUGCGGUAUGUAUAGCAAGAGGAGCAGACAAGAGCAUGUUGCACUCGCAGUUUAUGCUUGUUGAGAGCUCACAGAACGGUAUAAAGGGUGCUCUGCGCGUUUUAAAUGAGAUGCAAGGUGCAGGCAUCCCUAGAAGUAGGCGUACAUACACAAACGCACUGAUUGGUUUAAAGGGUCACAAACAAUCAUUGAAAGACGGUCUAGAGCUGGUUAAAAUUAUGUCAAACGAUACAUCGAACGGUGGAUUAAGCGCGCUGGGCGUAGAUGAAGUUGCGAUCCUGGAGUUACUAGACCUAGGGGACGGAGGUGAGCUGAGGGAUCGCAAACUGGUGAUGCAGGUACUCAGCCUGGCGCGUGAUAAUUGCUUGGCGUUCUCGAACGAGGGGAUGGAUCAAUUUGCUUGUUGGCUGAAAAGAGGCGUUCUUGGCUCGGAAUGGAAUACGGGAAUGACCACUGUAAGCCCUGGUGGAGUUUGCAGCAGCUGUCAAAAUCAAGUCACGGGCGUCAUGCUGAGUAGCGAGAACAAAGCCGCACUGGCGCGUGAGAUCAGUCUGAUGAUGGACGACGAUAUCGUGAAGGGGUUGCGCACGAAUAACAAGAUGAUGAAAUACGACUUGGUGGUCGAUGCCAUGAAUGUGUGCCAUGAUGCGGGAGCAACCAAACGCAAACCAAAUAGCACCAAUUGGAACUUAAAAAAGCUCCAAGGACUAGUAAAGCAGGUGACGGAUGAUGGCUUGUUCCCUCUUAUGACUAUCAGACAACACGUGAUCAAAGACGCACCGGCCCAGAGUCGCCCAUUCCUAGAAAAGCUGUACAAGAAUAAGCAAUUGCUUGUAGUGCAUGAAGAUGUUCCUGAUGAUUACGUCUGGGUGCUCAUGGCCCUGUGGAAUGAUAUGAACACCCUGUUUGUCUCCAAUGACAAACUACGAGAUCACGAACAUAAGUUCGCUGGGCUAUCGCCGUAUCUGCAGCCACUGUUCAGGCUGUGGAGACAGUCCCACCAAGUGUGCCACCAAUACGUCAAGAAUCAGUGGUACGUGGGAGUGCCGCGCACAUAUGAUCUCGUUCCCCAGUUCGACAUCCCUGUGACGCACAUGCACAUACCCAGAGUGGCAGAUACGACGGGCUCGUACCUGAUUCCCAGUAUGAACGACAGGUGGCUCUGUGCCACUCAGGUGGAUGCCGACGCACUGCCCACCGAAACAUCAGCCGUUCAUGCUGAAGCAGCUGCGAUGCACACCGAUGGAGACUCAAAAAGCUAAAUCAGAUCGAUCAAUUCGCUCGAGGAUGGUCAUAUGUGCCUGCCUGGGACAGCGUCGAUCUUGCGUGGAAACGGAUCCUACAGUUGUACGAGGAAUCACAAGGGGUGUGUCUCUUCGAUUUAAGGAUGUCGGAUCUCAGCGGGAUUGUGUGUUUACUUCGACACAAUUUUUGGAUUGCCAAAUGUGACUGAUUUAUCUGCCGGGGCAUGGUUUGUGUAUACUACAUACAAUUUCUGUAUAUUAUCAGCGACAUGUUGGUGAGCGCGUGCUCACACUGAGCGUUAUUGGAAAACUCGCACAACCUUUGCGGGGGUUGCACGUCAAUUUAGAUGCCGAGGUGCUUUCGAUUUGUAACUGUAGUUUUGCUGGGCAGUAUUGAUUGAUGGAUAUGCUCGUACAUGUACUUAUGUACGUGUACGCUGGGAAGGAGAGGGUAUUGCACCGUAUGAUUCGAUCCACGCAAGAUUUCCGGCCACCGUAUGUAUUCGAUUUUUAACAUAGUAUCAUAUGUCCUGUGAAGCCACCACCAAGACUAAAAGCACUACCAGACUGAGUUUGAACGCACCUUCAGAAUAUAGUACAGAACGACCCACAGUACGUAAUGGGUCGAAUUAGCACUUCAACUUAACGGAGCGCGAGAAUUAUGGGCGAGUUGCUGAUAUUGGCUUAAAAUCCAAAAUGGUCGAGAAUUAGUUCGCGAAUAAUACAAAGUCUCUUGCGAAUUGCAUUCGGUGCUAUAUUUGUCGCCUCAUUGAGAUAAAUUCCUGGACCAGUCUAAUGAUCGCGUGUUUUCCAUCACAACAGUGAGUGUACGUGUUUUUUUUUAAAUUUUCUAAAUUU